AUGGAGUACAAAGCUCUGUGCUUUGGAUUUUUUUGUAUCCUCUUUGCUUAUUAUGUUUAUAUACCCAUACCAGAAAACAUUGAAGAAUAUUGGAAAGUGAGAAUCAUACAUGCUGGUAUGAAAAUAGCAUCACUUAUGGCCACAUUAUUAGAAAGUAUGGGUCUUAUGAAAUUUGAAGAUAUUUUCUUCAUGAUUAUGUCACUUCAAAACACAAUGCCAGUUUCAGAUGAAAACAUUACAGUGAUUGACACAGAGUUAAGUGACAUUCCUGUUCGUCUGUAUUUGCCAAAAAGGAAGUCUGAAAGACAGAGACCAGCUGUAAUUUUCAUUCACGGUGGCACCUUUACUGCAGGAAGCUUCAAGAUGCACUCCUUUGAUUCCCUGAACCGAGAGACAGCCAACAAACUUGAUGCUGUUGUUGUGGCACCAGACUACAGACUUGCGCCUCAGUAUCCAUUCCCAGCUGCCCUUGAAGACUGUAUUUCUUUGGUCAAGUUCUUUCUCCAGGAAAAAGUUCUUGCACAGUAUGGAGUGGAUCCCGCUCGCGUCUGUAUUUCAGGAGACAGUUCUGGGGGUGCCUUGACAGCAGUGGUGACUCAACUGCUACAGGAUGAUCCAGAAUACAAAAACAAAAUUAAGGCACAAACCUUGCUAUACCCUGCACUACAGGCAAUUGAUACCUUAAUGCCAUCUUAUCAAGAGUAUGAACAUGGUCCCUUUCUGUCUCGGAAGGUAGCAAUUAUGUUGUCAUGUCUAUAUUUAUCAGAUGAUAAAGAAUUGACCAAGACAAUACUCAAAAAUAAUCAUUUGCCUGAAGAAUCAAGACAUCUGCUCAAGUUUGUUAACUGGAGUGACUUCCUUCCUGAGAAGUAUAAAAAGAACUAUGUGUACACUGAACCAGUUCUUGGAAAACUGAAUGCUUCCCAUCCAGGACUUGUGGAUAGUAGAGUAUCGCCUUUGUUAGUCAAUGAUUCCCAGUUACAGAGAUUGCCUUCCACUUACAUUGUCACAUGUGAACAUGACAUCCUACGAGAUGAUGGACUCAUUUAUGUCACUCGACUCAGAAAUAAUGGAGUUCCAGUCACUCAUGACCACAUAGAGGAUGGAAUCCAUGGAGCCAUAUCAUUUGCCACAGCACCCUUUUAUUUACAAAUAGGUUUGAGAAUAAAAGAGAAGUAUAUAAGAUGGUUGGAAAAAAAUCUAUAA